UCAUGAAUAUGCAUUUUGUCGCCACUGUGGGAGUUAACCUGACUCCACUCAUGUUUAAAUUGCAGGAGCUGCCUCUUGUCUCUCUGCCUGCAAAUGCUUGACUGGGCCGAACACUGAGAAAAAGUCAGAAUUUGGGGUGUGCAACGAAACUAAGCAAAUAACACAAAUAUGGAAACUAUUGGCGAGAUCAUCCCAUUCGCUAAGGAAAUGCUGAACCAGAGGCCAAACCGGGGCAUGGUGAAGAUCUACAUGCUUGGCUCUACUCUGGCAAUGCUCGGAAUGAUUGGCGGACUGGUGGAAACGAUUCUCCUUCCUUUUGUGGAGCAGGAGCCUGUGGAGGACACACUGGUAGAGCUGAGCAUGGAGAAGAGGAAGAAAAGGAAGCAGGUGCUGAAGUCACACACAACCGUGAUUUGCCCUGAAGUCAUAGAUGUGGUUGAGACGGUAGUGAUCGAGGCCAAGGCUAAACAUCUGGUGACCGCUGGGCAGAGAAGCUCAGCCAACCGCUUAUAUGCUUCUUAAAGAAAUAUCUCCUCUCCCGAUGUAAAUGGACACUGCAGUUACAAUGUUGAUGGCAAUGGUGGUAAAUUAAAUCACCAUGUUAAACUGG